CUCAUGUAGCAGGAAUAGAAGCAGAAGACGGCCUGUAAAAUGAGUGUGUGUGAGGAGAAAGAGGAGAAGGCUUCUGUUCACACUCAGAGAGCAGCAUCUCCAGAGUUCAGCUGUGUUUCUAUGAAGAGUAACAACUCCAUUGGUCUGCCGCCUGAUCUCAGUGAUGGACCUGCUGUGACCUCUGACCCUGUCAAGAAGAGAAAGAGAGCAGCAUCUUCGAUAUCUAGCUGUGUGUCUAUGAAGAGUAACAACUCCAUUGGCCUGCCGCCUGAUCUCAGUGAUGGACCUGCUGUGACCUCUGACCCUGUCAAGAAGAGAAAGAGAGCAGCAUCUUCGAUAUCUAGCUGUGUGUCUAUGAAGAGUAACAACUCCAUUGGUCUGCCGCCUGAUCUUAGUGAUGGACCUGCUGUGACCUCUGACCCUCUCGAUUCCCACCAACCAAUGCAUGAUGAUCUUCAGAUGCAUGAUGAUCUUCAGAGAGUCAAAGACCAGCACAAAACCAGCAUGAAGAACAGACAUGAGAGCGUAUUUGAAGGAAUCAAACUACAAGAGAAUCAGACCCUCCUGAACAGGAUUUACACACAGCUGUACAUCAUAGAGGGAGAGAGUGAAGGGGUGAAUGAAGAACAUGAGGUGCUACAGAUGGAGAAAGGUUUCAAGACACUCCAAGACACUCCAAUCAACUGCAGUGACAUCUUUGGUCCUUCACCUGAACCAGGCUAUGAGGAGAAGAGAAGAGAGAAGAAAGACAAAAUAAAAACAGUUCUUACUAAUGGCAUCGCUGGAAUUGGAAAAACCGUUUCUGUGCAGAAGUUCAUUCUGGACUGGGCCGAGGGAAAAGCCAAUCAGGAUGUAGAUUUCAUGUUUGUGCUUCGAUUUAGAGAGCUGAACUUGAUUAAAGAUCAUCAGUACAGUCUUCACAGACUUCUGCUGGAAUUUCAUCCUGAACUUCAAGAUCUGGACACAAAGGUUUAUGAUGAAUGUACAGUUUUGUUCAUCUUUGAUGGUCUGGAUGAAAGCAGAAUUACACUGAUGUUUUCAGACAGCGAGAAAGUUUCUGAUGUGACCGAGUCUUCAUCAGUGGGUGUGUUGAUGUCAAACCUCAUCAAAGGAAAUCUGCUUCCCUCAGCUCUCAUCUGGAUCACCACCAGACCAGCAGCAGCCAAUCAGAUCCCCUCCAAAUACAUCAACCGUGUGACAGAAAUUCAGGGAUUCAAUGACCCUCAGAAGGAGGAAUAUUUCAGGAAGAGAAUCCGUGACAAGCGUAAAGCCAGCAGAAUCAUCUCACACAUCAGAAAAGCAAAAAGCCUCCACAUCAUGUGCCACAUACCAGUUUUCUGCUGGAUCUCAGCCGCAGUGCUUCAAAACAUAAUGAAACAAAAUCUUGGAGUAGAAAUCCCUCAAACUCUGACUGAAAUGUACAUACACUUCCUCCUCAUCCAAACUCAUAUGAGGAACCAGAAGUAUGAAGAGAGAGAUCCAGAGAAACUCCUGCAGUCCAACAGAGAAGUGAUUGUGAAACUUGCUGAACUGGCUUUCAAUCAGUUGAUGAAGGGCAAUGUGAUGUUCUAUGAGGAGGACCUGAUUGAGAGUGGCAUAGACGUCACUGAUGCCUCAGUGUAUUCUGGGAUUUGCACUGAGAUCUUCAGAGAGGAAUCUGUGAUUUGUCACAGGAAGGUUUACAGCUUUGUACAUUUGAGCUUUCAGGAGUUUUUUGCAGCACUGUAUGCGUUUUUAUGCUAUUUACACAAGAAGAGUGAAGUUAUGAAAGAGUUCCUCACAGGAAAGUUCAGAAAUCAGUGUGGGAAUGUUCCUCUGGAUGUGUUUCUGAAGGGAGCAAUGAAAAAAGCCUUGAACAGUAAAAAUGGAGACCUGGAUCUUUUCCUUCGAUUUCUUCAUGGCAUCUCACUGGAGUCCAAUCAGAGGCUCUUACAGGAUGUGCUGAUAUACACAGUGAACAACCUAGAGAGCAGAGAGAAGAUAAUCAACAGCCUCAAACAAGGUCAAAAAAACAAUAUCAGUCCUGAAAGAUUGAUGAAUCUGUCACACUGCUUGAUUGAGAUGAAGGAUCAUUCUGUUGUUAAAGAAAUGCAGAGGUUUUUAAAGUCUACAACGAAAAGCAAAAAUCUUUCUCUUGCACAAUGUUCUACUUUGGCAAACAUGAUGCUGAUGUCAGAGGAGGUGCUGGAUGAGCUUGACCUUAAAAAGUACAAAUUCAAAUCAAAAGAGGGUCGAUGUAGACUGUUACCUGCUGUGAGGAACUGCAGAAAAGCUCUAUUGGCAGACUGCAUACUCACUGAUCAGCACUGUGAAAUUGUGGCUUCAGCUUUACAAUCAUCCAACUCCCCUCUGAGAGAGCUGGACUUGAGUAAUAAUGACCUACAUGAUUCAGGACUGAAGCUGCUCUUUGUUGGACUAAAGAGUCCAAACUGUCAACUCAACAUACUGAGAUUGGCUGGCUGUAAUCUCACUGAUCAGUGCUGUGAAAUUGUGGCUUCAGCUCUGCAAUCAUCAAACUCCCUCCUCAGAGAUCUGGAUCUGAGUAACAAUAAACUGCAGGAUUCAGGAUUGAAACUGCUGUUUGAUGCGCUCCAGACUCCAAACUGUCAACUCAACAUACUGAGGUUAUCUGGCUGUAUGGUGACAGAGGAAGGUUGUGCUGCUCUGGCAUCAGCUCUGAGUUCAAGCCCUUCACACCUGAGAGAGCUGGACCUGAUCUACAAUCACUCAGGACCCGGGACUCUGGACAAACUCAAUGGAAAUCACAGAGCAGAGAUCAUGAUUUCAAGAUUACCCAAAUACGCCGUUGAUCUCACACUGGAUCCAAACACAGCAAACACUCAUCUCGUUCUGUCUGAGGAGAACAGAAAGGUGACGUUUGUGAAUAAGCAGCAGUCGUAUCCUGAUCAUCCAGAGAGAUUUGAUCAUCAUCAGGUUCUGUGUGGAGAGAGUCUGACUGGACGCUGUUACUGGGAGGCUGAAUGGAGUAGAAAUAUGUAUAUAUCCGUGUCAUAUAAAGGAAUCAGGAGGAAAGGAUGGAGUGCUGACUGUCAGUUUGGACUGAAUGAGAUGUCCUGGAGUCUGAGAUGCUCUGAUGACAGAUUCUCUGUCCUUCACAAUAGUAACUCCACUGCUGUUUCUGCUGGUUCAGGAUCCUGUAAGAGAGUAGGAGUGUAUCUGGACGUGUUGGCCGGCACUUUGUCCUUCUACAGCGUCUCUGACACACACACACUCAUACACUUACACACAUUACACACUACAUUCACUGAACCCCUCUAUGCUGGAUUUAGACUUUUUUCCAACUCUUCAGUGUUUCUGUCACAUUAAACCCACACUUAGACGCAUUCACUGAAUACCUCUGUGC